AUGGCACAAACACCAGUCUGGUUCAUCACAGCCGCUUCUUCGGGAUUCGGGAAGUACAUGGCCAUUGAAGCUCUUGCGCGGGGGCACAAAGUCAUUGCAACAGCGCGCAGCACAUCGCGAAUCGCGGAUUUGAAAGAGAAGGGCGCAGAUACAGUCGCAUUGGAUGUCACGUGGCCGUUGGAGAAGAUCGAAGCAGUUACUAAAGAUGUAUGGGAGCGAUAUGGCGCAAUCAAUCAUUUGGUCAAUGCAGCAGGAUACAUCCUCAUAGGCGCGGUUGAGGAGACUUCAGAAUACAUUGCUUACGAAACUUUCAAUAGACCAAAAGAGGAUUACGAUUGUUUCAACACCAAUGUCUUUGGUCUCCUCAAUGUUUCAAAGGCUGUCUUGCCGUACUUGCGUGAGACCAAAGGUCACCGCACCCUAUCCAACUUCGGCAGCAUCGGGUCUUGGAGAGGCGGCGCUGGUUACGCUCUCUACUCCGGUGUAAAAUGGGCAUGCAGCGGCAUUAGCGAGUCCAUGCGUUGCGAACUCGAGCCUUUAGGCAUCAACGUCACGGUGAUCGAACCCGGUUAUUUCCGUACAGGUUUCCUCAACGCCGGCACUAAAGCCAUCAGCGAGAAGCGCAUCACUGCAUAUGACGAGACAGCUGUAGGACAGGUCCGCGGAGCUUUGGACGCCACAGACAACAACCAGCCUGGUGAUGUGGUGAAGGGUGCUAAGAUUCUCGUUGAUAUUCUGACGAAAUCAGGGGUUGCGGAAGGCAAAGAGAUUCCUGUAAGAAUUGCUUUGGGGAGCGAUUGUCCACCUGGUAUUCGAGAAAAGAUGAAGGAGACUGAGGCUAUACUGAGUGAGUGGGAUGGCAUUACCAUGACAACGGACCAUCCGAAACAAUCGUAG